AUGACCGCCGCCGCAACUCGAGGUGCAGUCCUAGGACGCGCACUUACACACCCAUCCGGCAUUGUCCGGUCGGCAGCAAGCCAGAUCCGCCCAUUCUCCCAGUCAUUCCGCUCCCGGUCGCAGGGCCCCAAGAUCCUCCUCGAGGAUGCGGAUCAGGGCUUCGGGUUCGUCCGUCAUAAUGCUCGUCCGCCCAAGCCUCGCAAGGUGGGUGUGACUGAGAUACGGGGACCGUAUUACUCUGCCAUGGGGAAGCGGUACCUAGCGGAUGUUUUGGAGACAAUGGGCCAUCAUGUCGACGGUGUCAAGUUUGCCGGCGGAUCGUUCUCCCUUUUCCCAGAGGACAAGCUCCGCGAACUUAUCGACCUAGCACACAAGCACGACGUAUAUGUAUCUACGGGAGGGUGGAUGGAGCACGUCCUGACACAGUCGAGCCCCGUCGCAGCAGUAGACAGGUACCUGGCCAAGUGUAAGGACCUGGGAUUCGACGUGAUUGAGAUCUCGACCGGAUUCCUCUCCCUUCCGCAGGACGACUGGGUGCGGUUGGUGGAGCGGACACAGGCGGCCGGGCUCAAGCCCAAGCCCGAGUGCGGGAUCCAGUUCGGAGCCGGCGGCGACACGGACGCGGCGGCCCUGUCGUCCAUGGGCGGCACGUCAGACCCGAGCCGCAUCAUCGACAUGGGCCGGCACUUCGUCGACAUGGGCGUCGAGCGCAUCAUGAUCGAGAGCGAGGGCAUCACCGAGAACGUGACGUCGUGGCGCACAGACGUCAUCCAGAAGAUCCUGCGCGAGCUUCCCCUCGACAAGGUCAUGUUCGAGGCCGCCGACCCCCAGGUCUUCAACUGGUACAUCCGAGAGUUCGGCACCGACAUCAACGUAUUCGUCGACCACUCGCAGAUCGUCCAGCUAAGCUGCCUGCGUGAGGGAAUCUGGGGCAUGGCCGACACGUUUGGCAAGGUCACCUCUUUCAGGUAA